UAAGAUUUAUGACCAUCAAUCGCGGUUUCAUUUUCUCCUUUCUCUUUUUUUCAAAACCAGUAAUCAAUGUUCACUUCCUCUCUUGGAUCCUUUUGUUUCCGUUUAUAACAAAUCAUUCGAUCAUCUCUGAAUUUCAAUUGCUGGAGCUUUCUUUCCACUUGAUUUCUGAGAAACCAAGGGGAAGAUAAUUUCAGAUGGCUUCCUCUACUCUAAUCUGCGAUACUGAGCCAUGGAAGAACUUGAGGGCUCACGUUGAGGAUAUUAAAAAGACUCACUUGCGUGAUUUGAUGAGUGACACGAAGAGAUGCCAGUCAAUGAUGGUCGAGUUUGACGGGUUGCUGUUGGACUACUCACGGCAGUGUGCCACUCUGGAAACCAUGGAUAAGCUCUUCAAAUUGGCAGAGGCAGAAAAUCUCAAACAAAAAAUUGGCAGAAUGUACAAUGGAGAGCGUAUAAACAGUACAGAGAAUAGGCCGGUACUUCAUGUAGCUCUCCGUGCUCCAAGGGAUUCUGUUAUACAGAGUGAUGGCAAAAAUGUGGUCCCAGAUGUCUGGAAAGUUCUAGACAAGAUCCAAGUAUUUUCUGAGACAGUCCGCAGUGGUUCCUGGGUUGGAGCCACUGGAAAAGCAUUGACAGAUGUAAUUUCUGUGGGCAUUGGUGGCAGCUUCUUAGGCCCUCUUUUUGUGCACACUGCUCUGCAAACAGAUCCAGAGGCUAGUAAAUUUGCAAAAGGGCGCCAGCUGCGUUUCCUUGCAAAUGUUGAUCCUGUCGAUGUGGCUAGAAAUAUCACAGGGCUGAACCCUGAAACUACUUUAGUUGUGGUGGUUUCAAAGACUUUUACAACAGCUGAAACUAUGUUGAAUGCCCGUACUCUAAGGGAAUGGAUUUCAGCUGCUCUAGGGCCUUCAGCAGUAGCAAAGCAUAUGGUGGCUGUCAGUACUAAUCUUACGCUUGUAGAACAGUUUGGCAUUGAUCCUAAUAAUGCUUUUGCAUUCUGGGACUGGGUAGGAGGCCGAUAUAGUGUUUGCAGUGCUGUUGGUGUGCUGCCUUUAUCUCUCCAAUAUGGUUUCUCAGUUGUUGAGAAGUUCCUGAAGGGAGCUUCAAGCAUUGAUCAACAUUUCUAUUCAGCACCAUUUGAGAAGAACAUACCUGUGCUUUUAGGUUUGUUGAGUGUAUGGAACGUUUCAUUUCUUGGAUAUCCUGCAAGAGCAAUCUUACCAUACUCCCAAGCCCUGGAGAAGUUUGCCCCACAUAUCCAACAGGUUAGCAUGGAGAGUAAUGGAAAGGGCGUCUCAAUUGAUGGUGUGCCACUUCCAUUUGAGGCUGGUGAAAUUGAUUUUGGUGAGCCAGGAACAAAUGGUCAGCACAGCUUUUACCAACUAAUUCACCAGGGUCGUGUUAUUCCUUGUGAUUUUAUUGGUGUUGUAAAGAGUCAGCAACCUGUGUACCUGAAAGGUGAAGUGGUGAGUAACCACGAUGAGCUCAUGUCUAACUUCUUUGCACAGCCAGAUGCUCUUGCUUAUGGAAAGACCCCAGAACAAUUGCAAAAUGAGAAUGUUCCCCAGCAUCUUAUUCCUCACAAGACGUUCUCUGGCAACCGGCCUUCUUUGAGCCUUCUGCUUCCAUCACUGAAUGCUUAUAAUAUUGGACAGUUGUUGGCAAUCUAUGAACAUAGAAUUGCUGUGGAAGGUUUUGUAUGGGGUAUCAAUUCUUUUGACCAGUGGGGAGUCGAGUUAGGGAAGUCAUUGGCAUCCCAAGUCCGAAAGCAACUUAAUUCAGCUCGAACGAAGGGAAAACCAGUUGAAGGAUUUAACUACAGCACUACUACUUUGUUAAAGAGAUAUCUGGAGGUAUGGCUAAGCAUUUGGGCACAAAGCCAUGCACAUAGAGUUGUACCAGCCAUUAUAACUUCUAAUAAGCUCAUAAGUUUUCUAUUGAUUUCUAGUAGCUAUCUUUUUAAAGAUCUCAUUCAAAAUAAACAAUGAUAUGUAGGCACUACUGGUACCAUUGUCCAAUCAUUUUUAGGGUUGUUGGAUAGUUUAUUACCCCUUGCUCAGGCCUGGUGGCUGGAACACUUCAGAAGCCCAUGAUGAACCAAUAGAAAAGACUUGGACCGUCAAAUUCACAAUGCUCUUUUGGAAAGUCUGCAAAACAAUGCAUUCAUUUCUUAAAAUUGGAUGUUUCUAAUGUUGGGUAGGAUCAAUUAAGUUAUGGAUUCGUUCCCAUCUGGAAUCUUAUGCGAUCUCAUGCAUGUUUUGUGAUAUCUGUGCAUGGUUCAUAAUUUCACACUUGUCUGCAUUUGACUGUAGCAAAGAUCUAGAAUCUGAGAGAGCCUUUAUAAGCAUUAAAUUUGAAAACUUGACACAUGGGGCUUGCAUUUUCAUUGGUUCAAGAUCCAUGAUCGAUUAAUCGGUUCUUGGUGGAGUAUUCAGCUUGUUUUGAUGAUUGUCACAUUUAAUUUCUUCAAUUUCUUGGGAGGGUGAAUGGAACUGAUUUGUAAAUGCAUGCCUCCUGUGAAGUGAAGAAUAAGGUGCUUAUAAACCUCUCUACUUUAGUUUCCAGAAAAGUUUAAUCCAAGCCUUUAUUCUUCUGACAAUGUUAAUUUAUUUCUUCCUUGGCAGGCAAGUUCGGAUAUUCCUUCUGAUCCUUGCACCCUUCUACCACAGAUGUAACUGUUUUGUGUUUUGGUUGUUGUUCUCUCAACUCAAGUUUAUCUAUGGAUGCUGCUAAUCCAUAAUCCGCAACCGAGUUUUUUGACCAUUCUGAAGUUCAUUUGCCUUGAAUUCUUCACACUGCAUAAUUUUGACUUGUAUUAUCCUCACAAUUUUCCAUGUUCCUAAUUUGGUAAUUUCCUGCUUUUGGUUA